CAUUGGUUGACAGGAAGCCUACCUAGACGUGCCCGAAGCGUCCACCCAGGAGCUGAGCGCCUGCUACAACGUGACAAUCGAGUGUCGCGCAGGUGACAUGGUGGCCAAAAUCAAGACGAGCAAGCUGUUCGGCGGCAAGAUCUACGCCAAGGGCAGUCCCAACUCAUGCGUACAGGACGUCAAGGGUAGCCUGGAGUUCGAGCUGCAAAUGGCCUACGACGAUGUAGAAUGCAAUGUCCGACACCAGGGACUCGGCAAGUACCUGAACGAUGUCGUCAUCCAGCAUCACGACACGAUCGUCACCAACUCCGAUCUGGGGCUGGCGGUCACCUGUCAGUACGACCUCACCAACAAGACUGUGUCCAACGAGGUCGAUCUCGGCGUUCAUGGAGAUGUCAAACCCGCCAUCACUGAAGAGGUUGUGGUGGACUCGCCCAAUGUAGCAAUGAAGAUCACCGACCGCGUUGGCGGAGACACUUUGUCGUCGGCCGAGGUUGGCGACCCACUCGCCCUCAAGUUCGAGAUCCUCGACAAGAACUCGCCCUACGAGAUAUUCGUGCGCGACCUGGUGGCUCUGGACGGCUUCGACUCCACCGAGAUCGUGCUCAUCGACUCCGACGGUUGCCCUACCGACCACUUCAUCAUGGGACCUCUCUACCGGUCGGCCGACUCUGGCAAGAUGCUGCUCUCGUUCUUCGACGCCUUCAAGUUCCCCUCAUCAGAAGUUGUCCAGUUCCGCGCACUAGUCACCCCGUGCAUGCCGACCUGUGAGCCGGUGCAGUGCGAACAAGAGGACGCGAGCGGCGAGCUGCGCAGCGUGCAGUCCCUGGGUCGCAGACGCCGACGACGCAACGCGGGCACAUCCGCUCGCGACGACCUGCUGCUAGUGCAGUCCAUCCACAUCACCGACAAGUUCGGCUUCAACGCGAAUCGCAACAGCAGCAAACCGGCGUCGGAGAGUUCGACAGUGUUCGUCGAGGAGACGAGGACCGGAGGUCAGGAUGGAGUUUGUCUCAACCUUGCCGGCGUGGUCAUCUCAGGGGUUGUCUUCCUAGCUCUCCAGCUGUCCGUGAUUGUCGCCUGGACGUACGCCUGGCAACGCAAGCGACACGUCUACCGACAACACCACGACAAUCUCAGCAUGAGCGUUCCUGUCCGCACCGACAGUCUGUGCAAGCUGUACGACACAGGUUACGCUCGCCGUUACUGACCUCUCCUAGAUUAUAGUGCCUGCCAGUGCUCAAUGAAAACGAAGACAUUCGUCGUCUAAACCACGCGGCGUUCUAGGUUCGAGUCGCCCGAUUGAUAAGGCUGGAAGGCCGUCGCCUCCUCAUGCAUAGCGCUCAAUCACAUUCGAGAGUUUAGAUAUAAUAAAAGACUGGAAUAUUGUCU